AUGGCUUCCUCACCAACCGAAAAAAAGGAGAACACUGAGCGUUCUCCAGAUGUCAUUAUUGUCGACUGGGACGGGCCCGACGAUCCAGAAAACCCUCAAAAUUGGAAUUUCAAGCGCAAAUGGGCCGCCACCACCAUUGUAUCUCUCUUCACCUUCAUCACUCCUGUUUCAUCGUCCAUGAUCGCACCGGCGUCCAACAAAGUAGCACAGACGUUUGGUGAGACCAACUCGGUAAUCAUAGCCAUGAUCACAUCCAGUUUUGUUCUCGCCUUUGGAUUUGGCCCCUUGUUUUUGUCUCCCUUGAGCGAAAUAUACGGCCGUUCACGCGUUCUACAAGGUGCCAAUUUGUUUUUCUUGGUAUGGAACUUGGUUUGUGCUUUCGCUCAGAACGAAACACAGCUUAUCAUAUUCCGCUUUUUGGCCGGUUUAGGCGGCAGUGCCCCUCUAGGCAUUGGUGGUGGCGUUUUGGGUGAUACUUGGGCAGCAGAGGAAAGAGGGAAAGCCAUCGCUGUUUAUUCACUCGCUCCUCUCAUGGGCCCCGUCAUUGGGCCCGUUGCUGGCGCUUGGAUUGCCCAGCUAUCCGACUGGCAGUGGGUUUUCUGGUCGACUUCUAUUGUUGACGCAGUCAUACAGAUUGCAGGUCUCUUCUAUCUGCGAGAAACAUAUGCACCAGUAUUGUUGGAACGCAAAGCGGAAAGAAUCCGAAAGUCCCUUACUUCUGACCCAGAGAAGGGAGCUCACGUAAAAGAGAUUCGCACCAUCUACGAUGAUGGGAGUCGAUCCUGGCGGGCUAUUUUUGCCAAAGCUAUGACGCGACCGUUUACGUUGCUUUUCCGUGAACCCAUCGCACAAGUCAUCGCUGUGUACAUGGGUUACAUCUAUGGCAUCUUUUACCUAUUUCUUACCACCCUCCCGAGAAUAUUCGAGGGAGUGUAUAAGCAACCAGCUGGGAUUGCAGGAAUCAACUAUGUCGCUCUGGGGAUUGGUCUCACGGCGGCUUCACAGAUCAAUGCUCGAUAUAUGGAUAGAAUAUAUAUCAAAUUGAAGAAUAAGAGUGGUGGUAUUGGCAAGCCGGAAUUUCGAGUCCCUUCGAUGAUCAUAGGAUCUUUGAUAUUACCUAUAGGGCUUUUCUUGAGUGGCUGGGCCGCCCAAAAACAGUUACACUGGAUAGUAGUCGACAUCGGACUGGUAUUCGUCGGUGCUGGGACGAUAUUAAAUUUUCAAACGAUGCAGACGUACGUCGUUGACUGUUAUACCCUUCAUGCAGCUUCAGCAAUGGCCGCUGUCUCCUUGUUACGAUGUCUAGCCGGGUUCGGAUUCCCCCUUUUCGCUCCUGCGAUGUAUGAUGCGUUAGGGUAUGGAGUAGGCACUAGUAUCCUUGGGAUUGUUAGUAUAGCAAUUGGGUGGCCAGCGCCUGUUAUUUUUUGGAGAUACGGAGAGGCUCUUAGGAGAAAGAGCAAGUAUGGGAGUAAGACUUGA